AUGGAAGUUGAGAAGAGGAAGAAGAAGAGGAUAGAAAUGGGAGCUGGUUUAUAUAGAGAGGGAGGGUCCCCCGCAGGAGUUGAGCAUGGUACGCAUCUUCUGGCAACGGGGAGAGGAUCAGGAGGGAAGGAUGCCAAGGACACCAACGACGAGAAGGGCAAGAAGAGCAGGCAGGGCAAGAAGAUCGAUAUGGAGAAGAGGAGGAGUCUGGUAGAUGAACCGAAGGGAGAUGUUCGUGAGGCAAUGGUUCCACAAGAAAUGACGCCCCCUACUCGGACAGCUCUCCAGGCAAUCCACUAA